GCUUUGGUAUUUGAGUAGACGUCGAGACCUGUUUAUAUGAUCGUGAAACGGAACACUUGAAGUACAGAUCAUAGUCAUUUGUGAAUUGGACAGAAUACAGUUUCGAUUUAUUUAUAACAUAUUCUAGAAAGACUUAUUAUAAGUUAUAAUACUUUAAUUUUGAAGGAAUAUGAGUCGUCAUCCAAAUACAGAUUAUAAAAAAAGUAGUGAGACUCAAGUAGAAUUGGAAAGUCAAUUUAUUUUGCGUUUACCACCGGAACCGGCGCGAGUUUUACGAGAAACACUACGAAAUGGAUUGUCUUUAAAAGAUAGAUUAAGUAUAAAACUGGAAAAUGAUAUGCGUUAUGGUGAGGCUAGAUUCGAUCAUUGGCUUCUUCAUGGAAAGGUUGUUGACUUACCAACGAUUGUAGAAUCUUUAAAAACUAUUGAUAACAAGAGUUUCUAUAAAACUGCUGAUAUAUGUCAGAUGUUAAUUUGCAAAGAAGAAGAUGAUCACACUACCACAGAUGAGGAGUCUCCAGUUAGGCAAAAGAAAAAAGAUCCUAAUAAAGUAGAUAAAAAAUUUCUGUGGCCACAUGGUAUAACUCCACCUACUAAAAAUGUAAGACGUAGAAGAUUUAGAAAAACCUUGAAGAAGAAAUAUGUGGAAGCUCCAGAAAUUGAGAAAGAAGUUAAACGUUUGUUGAGAGUGGAUAAUGAUGCAGUUAAUGUUAAGUGGGAGGUGAUAUGUGAAGAUGAAGAUCAAUCAAAACCAAGCAAAGUCUCGUCAUCUGGUACAGUGAAAACUAAGAGAGAAAGUAUCAAUGGCAAUACAUCUCAAAGUUUUGAUGUUGCGGAACAUGACAUAUUUGGCGAACCUGUAAGUGAUAGUGAGGAAGAUGAUGAGGAAGCAAAUAUAAAUGUAAUGGAAUUGGAUGAGAAUAGUCGACUUUCUGCAGACAGUAGAGUAUCAGACUCUAAUUCUAUGCAAGCUGCAUAUUCAGAGAGGCCUAGCAAUAUUGAAUCAAAUAACAGACUUUGCACAGUAUUCAGCAAAGAAAUGUUCCAAAGUGACAAUAAUAUGGAAGCAGACGUAGAAAAAACAGAGGAUACAUCUCUAUCAAAAGUACCUAAAGUUGAACAAUUCCAUUCAGAAUAUAUCAUUUCAGAUAACUUUUCAGAAUUACCUUGUGUUUCUGCAUUAAAAGAUUCGCUGCAAACGCGUCUGGCGACUUUACACGCGGAAUUAGCUGAACUGCGUCAAAGAAGACAACAACAAGAGCUUGCAAUAGCCAACAUUGAAAACGUUAAAUUGAGGCAAAGACUUCAAGAAAUAUUGGAUAAUUUAUUAACGCAAGAAAUGCAAAAGGUUCAAGAGAUUCAAGACUUAGAGUAAGGAUAAUGUUGAUGUACAUAUAAUUAGAAUAAAUUAAAUAUUAUAAUCAAAAUAUCUAUUUACAUUUGUGAAGUUCCUUGCAAUAAGAGGCCAAAUCUAUCUAUUGUAUUUUGUUACUUUCCAUUUCCUUUUAAUUAAUAAAAGUAUAAUAUAUGUAUAUACACAAUGUGUAAUUAUUUGUAUAUAAUUAUACUUUUUUUUAUUUUACACGUCUUUAACAUGUAUAUAAAAUGUAUACAAAAUAUAGAAUGUUAAAUAAAAUACAAAUUGUUUUCAUUGUUUUCUAUAAAUAACCAAAUAUGCAUAUCGUGUGUAAGAUGAAAUUAUAAUAUAAUGUUUAAAAUAUAAUAUUUAGAAGAUAUAAUUUAUUUAAAAUUCUCGAAAGUUAUUUAUUAUGCAACAUGCAGUUAUUCGAUACAGACAACCAAUUGUUAAAUUCCAACUCACUGUACGACACACAACCAUAAAAUGCACCAAUGAAAGUUCAGCUUGGAUAUUCGUCAGUAUUCGACUGAGACAUUAGAUAUACAAGACGAGUGUAAUGGCUGACGCGUAUUGGAUGUAAAUACAUGCACGUCCUUAUAUUUUAUACAGUGUUAAAUACUACUGUAUUGCGAAGAUUAUUUGCAUUAUACUCAUUUUGCUAAAGCGACUAAGCAUAGAUACUGCGAUGGCUGACAAGGGAUUUGAUCAGUGCAAAUACAUGUGGAGCGAAUUUGCUAUGCAACGUCUGCUUUUGAUC